AUGACGGAGCCGCGGCCGCUAGCAGAGGUCACGGCACAUCUGGAGGAGCCUCAGUAUGCCUUCUCCCUGAACCUCUUUGCCGAGGAUUCGCCAGAUGCUGGAGUGUCUGAGCAGGCGCCCUCCGAGGGCAUCUACGAUGACGUGGCGCCAACUCCUUCCACGCCGGCCUCCCCGGAGCCGCCCGCGCCGGCGAAGAAGAUCGAGCUGAAGAUCCCGACGCAGGCGCGAGUUCCGACCCUGAUGGCCAAUGCCCACGCACGAGGGCAGAAGGCACGGCUGAGCAAUGUCCAGUCAGCACCGAUGCUCCCGGCCAUGUUCUCUCCCCACGUCCCGGCGAUGUACGUGAGCCGGUCUACCUCCUGGAGGCCCAGUGCCGAGCUGACCUUGACGAUGUCCUCCUCCUCCCGGAGCUGUUCGACACAGGAGUUUCUGAGCAGCAAGAGCAAGGCGGCCCCCUUGGGCAGUGCCUGGCGCGAGGGCGACGUGGGCUCGGACGGAGAGCCGGUGCGGACGAACCAGGACGACGGGGCCGAGUACAUCCACGGCUGCGUCCCCAACUGGAGCCGGGAACGCACGGUUCGGUCCGUGGCAGCUGUGGAGCACAAGCUGACCUGGACCUACUACCGCAUGCGUGGUCUGCGUGCGGCGGCACCCCAGGUCCCGAAGACCGGUAAGGAGCUGAGCCAGCGCUUCGACUUUUGGACUGACCUGCGACCGCCAAUGCGGAUCGAAGGCAUGGAGAGGGACCUCGAGGACAGUGGCGGCCAUGCUGACGGCCUCCUCUAUCGAAUCUUCUACACAUGCCCGCUCGACUAUGUCACAGAAAGGAAGUGGGGACGCCGCUCCUCUGAGGGGACUUUUGACAACGUGGCCUGCGGCACCGCUGAGGUUCGCAUUCCCAAGGAUUUCCCAUCGGGCGCCAAGGGCAUCUGCGUGCGGAGCUGGGGGCAGCCGACCUUGAAGUCGAAGAAGUCCCUGCGCCCGCGGGAUGCGGUCACCGUGGACCCACGGAGCUGGAGUCCCAUCGCUGCGGAGCUUCAGAGCAGGUCUUCGGACCGGCGUUUCGACCAACUGCACAAGGCGCUGCAGCGGGCGAACACGAAGUUGGCAGCCGCCCCGAAGAAGACGAGGCAGUGGCAGAAAGCCUUACUCGGCCCUUCUGCAACCUUGGCCGACUUCAUGAAGGCCGAACAGGCACAGACGGAAGAGGACCCAGCUCCUCCGCCGCGGAUGCGAGACCUCAGGAUUCGGACGGCGUGUGCCGGCUUCAUCGACAUCGAGGGCUGA